AUGUCUGACAACGGAAGCCAGUUCGUCAGUAAAGAGUUUACGUCUCUUUUAAAAGAAUACGGUAUCGAACAUUUUAGAACCCCACCUCAUUCCCCCCAAUGUAACCCCGUUGAGCGGGCUAAUAAGGUAAUAGGAACAAUGAUCGCGCAAUAUAUCCAGAAGAAUCAACGUUCAUGGGAUAAAUUAAUACCGGAAUUAAUGUUUGCCAUUAACACGGCAAAACAUGAGUCAACGCAGUUCACACCCGCUUAUCUUAACUAUGGCCGCGAAUUACUCCCCCCAAAUACGUUGCGAGAAAGACUCGAGGGCAGUCAUACAGUUAAUAAUUACGAUCAUCAGGAUAACUUUAAAAAUUUACACGAGGCCAUGGACCUAGUACGCGAUCGUCCGCGAUCGAUAAAUUUUCGGGUAAACUAG